UCAGUAGAAACAGUCAAGUUGUUUUCCAAAAUUUUCUCCAAACAUGGACCAAUUCGAGCGUACCCUGGCGUUGAUCAAACCGGAUGGCAUGAAGCACCGAGAUACGAUAACUCGUCGCAUUCGCGAUGCCGGCUUCGUCAUCGUUCAAUCGCGGAUAGUUCGGCUAACGCCGGAACAAGCAUCGGAACUGUACCGUUCGAAGAUAGGUCACCCAAACUAUCACGCCAUGAUUGUCGCCCUGACCGUCGGACCGAUUCAAGCGAUGUGUGUAUCGAAAGUCUGCGCCGUUGCGGAACUGAACUGGUUGAUUGGACCCGAACGGUAUCAGGAUGCUGUAAGAAAUGCACCGGGAUCCAUACGGGCCAUUUUCGGCGAUAGCCGUGAUGAGUUGAAAAAUGCUAUUCAUGGAAGUGAGGAUGCAGAGAGUGCCCGGUUUGAGGUUAGAUUUUUCUUUCCGCUGCUGAUACUGGAACCGAUUUUCAACGAGCAGAAGCUGAAUGACUAUUUAGCAGCGAUGGUUAAUCCCACUUUGAUGGAUGGACUGUAUAUGGUGGCCAAGGAACGACCAAACGAUCCCAUGUUGUGGCUGUCCGAUUGGUUGCUGCUGAAUAAUCCGUAUAAACCGAAGACUGUAACUACGUCGCUAGGGGCUGUGUAUAACGUGGUGCAGGAUAUUAAACAGGAUGAAGUGUUGUCCAAAGAUGAUUAUAUCGGAGCUCAGUCGAUGUGCGAUUGUGCGGCAUUCAGGAAAAGAGGACUUUGCUCGUGUUCGCUCUCCACGAUCGCUGAAUCGGAAUCGAUGGUUGAAUAGGUUUUCUGGGGAUCUAAAAUGUUAUAAAAUAUUGUUAGUCUGGCAAUAAAGUAUUUAGGGAUCAUCCAUAAAUGACGUAGCAUUAUAUGGGGGA